AUGUGGAUCUUGUGGGUUGGGGAAAAACUUGGGAAUAAAAAAUUUAUAAUCUCAAAACAGUCUGUAAAUGGAUUUGGAAGUAGUAGUAUCUCCAUAUCUUGGCAUCCAUUUGAUUCUUCUAAAUGGGGUCGCAUAUGCCAGUUCCUCAUUGAAAAUGGCGUUUUGGAGAAAAUCCAUAUAGUUGAGCCUCUAGAAGCAACCAAGGAUGAUCUUCUAGUGGUUCAUUCAGAAUCAUACUUGAAAAGUCUCAAAAGUAGUCUUAAUGUCUCCAUAAUUACAGAGGUUCCUCCUGUUGCAGUAUUCCCUAACUGCAUUGUUCAAAAGAAGGUUCUUUAUCCAUUUCGUAAACAGGUGGGAGGAACUAUUCUAGCAGCUAAACUUGCUAAAGAGAGAGGUUGUGCAAUCAAUGUAGGUGGUGGAUUCCACCAUUGUUGUGCUAAUCGAGGAGGAGGAUUUUGUGCAUAUGCUGAUAUAUCUCUUUGCAUCCACUAUGCUUUUAUCCGUCUAAAUAUUUCAAGGGUUAUGAUAAUUGAUCUGGAUGCUCAUCAAGGAAAUGGCCAUGAAAAGGAUUUUUCACAUGACAGAAGAGUCUACAUUCUGGAUAUGUACAAUCCAUAUAUCUAUCCGCUUGAUUAUGAGGCCAGGAGAUACAUUGAUCAGCCAGUUGAAGUUCCUAGUGGAACCACAACAGAUGAGUACUUGAUGAAGCUGGAUGAAGCACUUGAGGUUGCAGGAAAUGCAUUUGAUCCUGAACUUGUUAUUUACAAUGCUGGAACUGAUAUUUUAGAUGGAGAUCCAUUAGGAAGACUCAGGAUAAGUCCUAAUGGGGUAGCAAUUAGAGAUGAGAAGGUAUUCAGGUUUGCUAAUGAUAAGAACAUCCCACUUGUAAUGCUGACAUCAGGUGGUUAUAUGAAAUCAAGUGCCAGAGUGAUUGCUGAUUCAAUUAUAAACCUCUCAAAGAAAUCCUUGAUCACCAUGGGUGGCACUCCAAGAACAAAUUAG